UAAAAAGAAGGGGUGGAUGGAGCAGAUCUCUGGAAAAGGAUUCAGUGGCACCUUCCAGCUCUGUUUUCCCUGUUACCCCAGCCCGGGGGUUCUGUUUCCAAAGAAAGAGCCAGAGGAUUCUGAGGAUGAGGAUGAAGAUGACAAUGAGUCAUCAGAGCAUGACUCUGAGGAUGAGCAGCCGCCACCUAAGAGAAGGUUGCAGAAGAAAACCCCAGCCAAGUCCCCAGGGAAGGCUGCAGCCAUGAAACAAAGGGGGUCCAAGCCUGCACCUGAAGUUCCAGCUGCUGUACGGGGGUAAGUGAGGCCUCUGCCCAAGAAAGCCCCUCCAAAGGCCAAGACGCCAGCCAAGAAAGCCAGGCCUUCCCCCCACCCCAGUCACUAAGAAACCCGCUGGUGGCUCUUCAAAGAAGCCUGCAGCCAGAGCAAGAAAGGAAGUGAAACUGCCUACUAAAGGCAAAUCUACUGUGAAGAAAUCUUUCAGAAUAAAAAAGUAAAUUUUAUAGGAAAUAAGGGUAUCAUGAUGGAAUUCAAAAUCUUAUUUUCUAAGGUCAGUGUGCAUUUGUUUUAGUUUUGGUGUUUUUAAAACU